AUGGAAAUGGGUCACGAAUACGAGGAAGUGUCGAAGUUCCAACAAGCCGUCGGUGGAGAGUACGAGAUCAUUAGAGCACCCUCACAGACAACUGGCUCCGAGAGCAAGGCUGCUAUAAAGACUGAGUCAUCACCACCCACUCCACCCACUCCACCCACACCACAACCCUCACAAGUGACUAAGGCUGCCGGAAAUGAUAUUGAGUUUACAGAAGAUGGUUCUCGAGACAUGCUCACUGAUGGAGGCAGGUUCAAGAGGAUUCCCAUGUACAGAGACCCUGCUGGUGGGUACGGAUUUGCAUCACCAUUCGAAUUUGACUCUCUGCUCAGUUUAGUGCUGUACUAUGCCACCAACACGAUGGAGAAACACAACCCUGAACUGGAGACAAUGCUUAGAUACCCUGCAUUCCAUGUGGACAGGGGCCGAGUGUACCUAUCUCUUGGAUCAACCAACAUCACCACUAACAACACUGAGAUCCCCAUCACUGAUAUUGGAGAUUAUUUUGGAAAUGGUUGUCCCUCUCUCAUCUGUCACACUGACCUCGUGGCAUGUUGUACACCCUAUGAGACAAUGAUGGCAAGAGGAUUUGGACUCUGGCGCUAUCCAAAUGGGGCUCGUGUUCCUGGUAUAUCAGGACCCAACUCAGCAUAUCGACCGUUUGUGUCAUUUAGAAAUGUUCGAUCUAUUCAACUGAUUCGUAGCGAAUAUUUUACCCCUCCUCCCCUGAGUCCAACUGGUUCCUAUUGUUGUAUUAUACCAACUAUUGGUGGAGAGAUGACCUUCUGUGCUAACCUGGUUGUGUGCCUGUCUCUCCCUGCCCUGAAAAAUGGAAUAGUCUCAUACAACGACUCAACACUGGGUCUGGACACUCUGGCCAUCUACACCUGUGACACAGGCUACACUCUCGAAGGAAACAUUACCAGGACUUGUGAGAGGGAUGGAGUGUGGAGUGGGUUAGCUCCAUUUUGUGAGCAGAUACUGAUCUGUUCCGACCUCCCUCUCGUCACUAAUGGAGACGUUUUCUACACUGCUGGAUUCCCUGACAACAGAUCUCUUUAUUCUGGAGCUACCUACACGUGCAAUCCUGGCUACACUCUCAUUGGAGGGAGCACCACCAGGACCUGUGUGAGUGGAGGGAGAUGGAGUGGGUCACCUCCAACUUGUCAAUACAUAGGGCUCACUACUGCUCCACCCAUCACCUGCUCUGACCUGAUUAAUCCGACCAAUGGAACGAUCGGCUAUGAUAUGGGGACUGCUAGUUCAAGACCAGUGUACACGGUGGCCACCUACACCUGUGACACUGGAUACACUCUCAAUGGAGACACUACCAGGACUUGUAGGAGUGAUGGAAUUUGGAGUGGAUCAAGUCCAGUUUGUCAGCAGAUACUGAUCUGUUCCGACCUCCCUCUCGUCACUAAUGGAGACGUUUUCUACACUGCUGGAUUCCCUGACAACAGAUCUCUCUAUUCUGGAGCUACCUACACGUGCAAUCCUGGCUACACUCUCAUUGGAGGGAGCACCACCAGGACCUGUGUGAGUGGAGGGAGAUGGAGUGGGUCACCUCCAACUUGUCAAUACAUAGGGCUCACUACUGCUCCACCCAUCACCUGCUCUGACCUGAUUAAUCCGACCAAUGGAACGAUCGGCUAUGAUAUGGGGACUGCUAGUUCAAGACUAGUGUACACGGUGGCCACCUACACCUGUGACACUGGAUACACUCUCAAUGGAGACACUACCAGGACUUGUAGGAGUGAUGGAAUUUGGAGUGGAUCAAGUCCAGUUUGUCAGCGUAAGUACUAG